AUGGUGAAUUUGGACGAAUUAUUAGUAGGAAAAGAUCCAGAAAGAACUUGUACUUAUUCGUCGGUGAUAACUGCAGAAACAGCUUUAACAGUUGCUCCCAUCUACAAAUUGAACGAUGAUUGUUUAGGAAAAGUCUUGGAGAACUUUAUAAACGAAUCCACAACAUUAUAUCAAUGUAUUUUAGUCAAUAGGUCAUGGUGUAAAGCUGCAAUUCCCCUUCUCUGGAGUAAUCCUUUUGAAUAUUUAAAAAUUCAAAAAUACGAUCAUGGGUGGCGACUUAUAAGGACAUAUUUAAACUGCCUUCCUGAUAAUGAAAAGCACAUUGUUAAUAAAUGGAUCCUUCCAUCGGAUUUACAAAAAACCUUAUUCGAUUAUCCGGAAUUCUUAAAGUGUCUUGAUACUUUUGGAUUCCAAGAGGCCAUGACACAAUGGAAAAGGUAUCAUUGGAAGACAAUUUGGGAAAGACUUGGGCAUUUUGAUUUGGAUAAGGCGAUUGGAGAUAUUUUGUUUCGAAGGUGCAAUGGAUUAGAUAGCCUUUAUAUUAUCUUCUUUGCUUAUACACAAAAUAUAGCGUACUUUGAAGAACCUUCGAAUGCUUUAACAAGACUCCAAACUUGCAAAAUCAUUCAUGAUUUACAAGGAAGAUACUAUAAUUACGUUGAAAAUCGAGAACAAGUUACCCUUGUUGAAAAUUUUGACAUAAUUACAAAAUUCGCCCACAAUAUCAAAUAUUUAGAGAUCAUAUUACCAGAAAAUCGUACGAGAGAGACGGGUUACCAAUUGGCAAAAUUAUUAAAAGUACAACAUAACCUUGAAGAAUUCGUUGUAAGAGAAUUUUGGAAUCAAGCUGAUACUAAUGCUAUAUUCAGCUCGUUAGCAUGUCAAAGUCAAUAUCUGAGAUCACUCUCGUUCAUACGUCUCACACAUUUUCACGAAAAGUUGGCGGAACUUUUAAAUUCUUGUCCAAAUUUAGAAAUCCUCAGGUUUUUAGAACCUGAUGCGCAUAAUUACUCUAAAAUCCCUCCUUUAAAUUGUAGGUUAAAAAAUUUUUGUGUUUGGGGAAAACCAAUGAUAUCUCAAUUCGUUGUGAUACCUGAUAUAAGUUUUAGACUCGAUAUUAUAAGAUCAAUAAUCGAAACAAGUUCUUCAACUUUAAAGAAAUUGGCUUUGGGCACCUUCACUGAAGAAUUAUGCAUAUCAGUCAUCCAAUGCAUAAAUUUAAAAUCUUUAAUUAUUCAAGCAAAGGAGGAUAUCUCAAAAACUUUACCUCGAUACCUUUCAACAUCAGGUUUACAACAAUUAACGCUCUUUGGUAGACACGAACAUUAUUUCAAUCAAAACACGAUAUUUGAAUUUUCUAAAUCUAUGCCAAGAAGUUUAUAUCAACUAGACCUUUUACUAGAAAUUCUUCCGAAGGAUUUGGAAGUUUUAUUUUUAAAUUGUGAUUCGCCGCUUAAGAAAAUCUCGUUGUAUCAUCAGCAAAACAUUUUAGAACAAAAUAUUCCCGAAUUCCUAACCAAUUAUAUUGGUACCCUUGAGCAUUUCAUUGAAUUAAGGUACCUUAUUGACAAUAAGGUAUUGGGUGAAGUUUAUUUAGAACCUAUCUUGGAGGCUCUAACGGUUAUACCAAGAAUCAAGAUCGUUUUGGGCAAAAGACAUUUUUAUCCUUAUUAUUUUCAAGAUACUGGUUACUUUUGA